CGAACGCAAUUGGCUGAUCUCCCUCGCGCUGCUGCGGAAGUAGCGAAUGCGGAAGUAACAGCACAGAGAUGCAGGAUAUGUUUACACGCAGUUGGUUUGUGAAUAAAUGAUCUUUUCCUAGCCAUUCCCGGUUUAAGCUGCUGUCUUUCGUGAUCCCGCACAAGAAUGGAGCAGGACGCGAGCGCCGAGUCCGUGACCGUGACGUCACCGCAGGACGUGAGCACCGAGUCCGUGACGUCACCACAGGACGCGAGCGCCGAGUCAGUGACGUCACCGCUAGACGCGAACGGUGAGUCCGUGACAUCACCACAGGACGCGAACGGUGAGUCCGUGACGUCACCUGCUGGACAGUCAGGCAAAUCCAAGCUGGACACGCUGUCUAAACAAGAUCUGAUAAAGUUUGCAAAGAAACAGAUGGUGGCGAUGCAGAGGAUGAAAGCAAAAUGUGCAGCUUUAGAGAAGGAGGCGUUGAGGCCUGCGGUCGGCACAGCAGACUCCUCCAUCAUCCAGGAGCUGAGCGAGCGAAUGAGUGCUGUGCUGCAGGAGAAGGCCGAGGUUCAGCAGAGCCUGGUGCUACUGCGCAGAGAAAACGAGGAGUUCAAGAAACAGGCACAGGAAACAGAGGGAAGAUUAGCCGCUUUCCAGGAGGAACUAGACUUGAAGAAUAGCGAGUGUGCAGAAAUGCAGAGAAGCACAGCUGAGCUCACUGCUGGCUUUAGGGCAGCCUGCACUGAGUAUGAGUCCAAGAUAUCUCAAACUCAAGAAGAGCUGCUAGAAGCCAAGAAGCAGUGGACGACUGCGACCGAAGCGCUCAGAGAAUCCCACCAGAUGAGCCUUACUGAGUCCCAACAGGAGGUGGAGAAUCUGCAGAGGGAGAUGGAGAGGCUGGGCAAGCAGUACGAGGACGAGCUGCGCUACCUGGAGGAGCAGAUGGAGCUGAACGCCGCAGACUUCGAGAGGGAGCGCGAGCGGCUACUUCUGCUGCAGGACGAGCUCUCGGAGCAGCUGGCGCUGAAGGAGGGAUUCCUGCAGGAUGUUCAGGAGGAAGAGGAGGAGAGCAAUCGAGCAGCGCCUCCGCAGCCGCUGGCGGACUCCUCCGCCUCAGACGACUCCAGCGACGAGGGUGGCGGGCUGAAGCUAGCCCUGGAGGAUUUGCAGGCUCAAAACAUGAUGUUUCAAGAAGAGCUCGAGUUUCUUAGAAAUGUGAAGGUGGAGCUGGAGUCUGAGCUGAAGCAAGUCAGAGAGGAGUUCACUGUGGAGAAGGAAGAGCUCGAGUUCACCAUCAACGAGCUUCAAAUGAGCAAAGACAGUGGUGAAGCAUCAGUGGGCAAAAGCGGAGAGGCUCGCAGCAUCUCUACUGUAGACGUCCGAACCUUAGAAGAGUCCCACAACCAAGACUCAAGGGAACUGGAAACUUGCUUUAGCUCCAGUGCUGAAAGAGCUCAGCCAGAACAUGUUGCAGACGCUCCACAAGACACACGCUCGCCUCCUCCUGAAGAUGAGAGCAUGAUCGUGCGUAAAAACCUCAGAGACAGAACAGAGUACUUUCUGAAGCAAUACAGAGCCAUGAAGGAGCAAACCGUGUCCUCGGUUCAGGGUCUGCAGGAGGAGCUUGAGAGCUUCUUCCAGGAGAGGGACAGUUUGUUAGAGCACAUUAAUGCAGAGGACACACUGGACCACGCAGGCAAAAUGUCCUUCGAGGACCUGAGGAACAAAACAAAAGAAAUCCUGGGGAAUCUACAACACAAGGAGACUCUUGUCUUAGAGUUCAUGGCAUCCAAAUCAGAAGGUGAACACAAUGAGACUCUUGUGUCAGAGUUCGAGGAGAAACUGAAGUUCAUGGCAUCCGAAUCAGAACAUGAGCACAAGGCUCAGCUCGCACAGAUCCGUACGCUGGAGAGUCGGCUGCUGUCGGUAAGCGUGGAGAAGGACCAGCGUAUAAAUCUCCUUGAGGAGGAGCUGUCUGCUCUUCAAGCCGGACAGGAGGAGUGUCAAGACACAAUCAAACUCCUCCAGGCUCAGAUCGUGUGCCUGUCGGACGAGGGAAACGCCCUUCGGCGAGACAGGGACGCUAGUCAGGAGCAUCUUUCUGACGUUCGGAGCCGCAUCGCUGAAAUCCUCAAGCAGAGUUUCUCUGAGACGGAGCUGGAUGGCACGGCGGAUGUCUCUGCUCUUGCUCUUAUAAACCAUCUCUGGAGUAAGUCUCAGGAGGAGAAGGCGCUCCUGACCCAGCAGUGUGACGAAGGCACAGAGCGGUUGGCGGCUGAGCUGGAGAGCGCGAGGCAGUCGGUGGAAGAGCGUCAGGAGCGCGUGGACGAGCUGCUCCGCGAGAAGCACCUGCUGAAGGCCAGUCUGGAGGAGGUGCUGUUGGAUACAGAGGGACUGCAGAAGGACCUGAGGGAAAUGCAAGGCAUGAAUGAAAAGCUGAGGGCAGAAAACCUCAGCCUGCUUGCUCAAGUUGCUGACCUGAGUCAGAGUUCAGAGGAAAAAGAGCCGGCGGAUGAAACGGAUGCACAAGUUCACAAGGCCAACGAGCUCCAACAGGUUCUGGCUGACAAAGACACUCUAAUAUCUCAGCUCAAAAAAGAAGUUGGUCUCCUGCAGACGUGCAAAGAGUCAUCGGUGACUGAUGAAAAUGAGAAACUGAAAGAGUUAUCUGAUGAAAUAGAAGCGCUGAAGAAAGCAAGUAAGGAUAAGGACGAACGCAUGAACAAGAUCAAAGCGGUUGCUGUGAAGGCCAAGAAGGAGCUGGAGCUCAGCAAGAGCGAGGCUGCCGCUCUGAGGGAGGACGUGGAGCAGCUGAAGGCUGAGCGGGACCGGCUGACACACUCUGUGAAGGACAUCAUCCACGGGGCAGAGCAUUACAAGAAUUUGCUGGUGGAUUAUGACAAGCAGACUGAGCGGCUGGAACAGGCGGAUAAACUCGGUGAAGAUUUGAGCAGGCGUCUCCAGAAUGCAGUUCAGCAGCAUGAGCUGCUGUCGUCAGAGCGAGCGGAUCUGGCGGCCCGUGCCGAGGCGCUGCAGAAGACCGUCACACAGCUGGAGGCGCAGACGCUGGACAUGCAGAAGCUGGAGCGAGAGCUGGAGGCGGAGAGGCUCCUCCGAGAGCAGAAGACUAAGGAGCACCAUGCUGCCGUGAAGGAGGUGGAGGAGCUUCAAGCUCAGCUCAGCAAACACACACAUCAGCUGCAGCAGACGGCUCAGGAGCUCGAGCAGCUGAGAAAGGGCGCUCAGCAGAGCUCACUGAUGGACAUGGAAAUGGCGGACUAUGAGAAACUGGUGAAAGAACUCAAUCACAAACUCUCCGAGAGAGACAAACAGGCGGAGGAGCACCAACUGCACAUGCAAACACAGAGAGAGCGAGAGCAGCGGCUGAACCAGGACAUUGAGUCUCUGAAGUCCUCGCUGGAUCAGACGGAGGAGAAAGCCUCCAGGAUGAAACAACUGCUGGUCAAAACCAAAAAAGAUCUGGGAGACGCAAAACAAAGAGAAGCGGCUCAGAUGAUCAGUCUGGCGUCUCUGAGAGGAGAACUGGAGGCCCAGCAGCAGCAGCUGGAGGAGUAUAAGAUCCAGUGCAGUGAUCUGACAGCGGAGCGGCACCGUCUGCAGGAGCAGCUGAAGCUGAUGAACGAGCAGCACACACACACGUCACACUCACAUCGACUCAGUGUGAAGAAACUGCAGGACGAAUGCGCAGCCUCCAAGGCUGAUCUGGCGGCGACUGUUUCUGAGUUCGAGAGCUAUAAGGUGCGAGUCCAUAAUGUACUGAAGCAGCAGAAGCACAAGAGCUCCGGCCAGAGCGAGGGAGACGCAUUCAGACAGGAGAGAGAGCAGAUGGAGGCUGGGCUGGAGCAACUGCGCAGACGCUUGCAGGAGACGCAGACCAGCCUUCAGUGCAGCACAGCAGAACUGCAGCAGCUGCAGACAGACCACGACACACUGUUGGAGCGGCACAACAAGAUCCUGCAGGAGAGCGUCUGCAAAGAGGCAGAGCUUCGGGAAAGGCUGCUGUCGCUGCAGUCGGAGAGCAUGUCCCUGCGGUCGGAGCACGGCCAGUGCGCGGCUCAGCUGAGCGCUCAGACGGAGGCUCUGCGCAUUAGCUUCCGCGAGCAGACGCGGCUCAUACAGGACGAGCACUGCCGCACAGUGGAGACACUACAGCAGCAGGUCAACCGGCUGGAGACUCAGCUCUACUCUCUACAGAGGGAGCCUGUCAGUGCAGUGCAUCAUCCUCAGGGCAGGAAGGCUCAGACGGACCGGAAGCCAGCGGACGCUCCAGCGCUGGACCUGCGGGGCGAUCGAGAGGAGGGCGAGGGCAUGGAGACCGCAGAGACUGAGUCCCUGUCCUCCACCGUGACCCCGCUGACCUCUCUGGAGCAGCUGCUGACCUCUGACCUCAAACACGAGCCUGCUGAAUGGCAGAUGGAGCCCAGUAAAGAGGAGCUGACGAUGAAGCUGAGCAGCGCCGCCCGCAGUGUGGAGCACCUGAACGGCCUUCUGCACGAGACCGAGGCUACCAACGCUGUCCUGACCGAGCAGAUCACUCUGCUGAAGAGUGAGGUGCGGCGGCUGGAGCGUAAUCAUGAGCGGGAGAAGUCUGUGGCGAACCUGGAGUACCUGAAGAACGUGCUCCUGCAGUUCCUGUUCCUGCGCUCCGGCAGCGAGAGGCAGGCGCUGCUGCCCGUCAUACACACCAUGCUGCAGCUGAGCCCGGACGAGAAGAGCAAACUGGCGGCCAUCGCUCACGGCGAGGAGCAGUCGGCGGUCUCGCAAGGCUCAGGCUGGACGUCGUAUCUGCACAGCUGGUCUGGGAUCAGAUGAGGCUUCACGGACACACACAUCAGCUGAAGGACACCCUCGCUGUGUUCAUGCCUUAUUCUCCACUGCACUGUAACGGGGUUCUGAUUUGGGGGAUUUCCUGAAGAUUAUCGGUUGGAAAUUGUUGGUCAUAUUUAUCAUAUUUUAACAUAAAUGAUACAUUAUCAUUUUUUCCUCCAAUUGUAAAUCUCGUAUCUAUAAGAGAUUGUGAAGUGGUGUGAGGUUCAUGUGUAAAUCAGUGUCUAUCAGAGAAUAUAGUCCCAGAAUUAAACUACUUAAUCCAGA